AUGACCAGAACGAUAAGUGGGACAGUGGGUGAUUUUCGCCUCUCCAAAAUCCCAUCGCUUUUCCGGCGAAGCAACCUUCCUGAUGUUGUCCAAAUCAUUCCCAAAAUUCCGUCGGUUGCGGAAGGGGCUGUGAUUCUAGUCCAAGUGCUGUCCACAGAGGGGAAACGAACCUAUAUGGAAUGCACCACCGGAGAAAGUGAUGAUCUGGCAGAGGAUGAUAUCAUCCCAGCGGUCCUCGGUAAACGCCGAAUGUUCAAUGGGUUUAGUUGCGACAUCCCAAAAGCACUGGCAGUGGGGGACAUCCUGUACUGGAGCAGUGCGAGCGGCGUAGUCGGAGAGAUUAGAGGCUCCGACAAGGCGUGGGGCAAGCAACUGGCAGUGCGCGUCUUAGGCAGUGCCCAAGUUGCCGGCAAGUACCUCAACAUCAAGCAAGCACAGUUUAUCCGCCGAGUGCAACAAUUGGAUACAAUCGCACCUGUAAUUUGUGUGGCGGGCACGGCCACGAACACUGGCAAGACUUCUACUUCGGCAAAAGUCAUUCAGCACUUCAAAUUAAAAGGCCUGAAGGUUGCAUGUGCAAAGCUGACUGGAAUGGCGUACCUCGAAGAAUUGAGAAAGCUCUCGACGACUGACGCGGAUCUUGUUUCCGGUUUCAUGGAUGCGGGCUUGCCAAGUACCUGUGGCGAGGAUGUAUCGGAAAUUGUUGAAGUUGCAUUGGGGACAUUGCAUCACUUGAACCAGAUUCAACCAGACGUUAUUGUGGUGGAGUUUGGUGCAAGCUUCCUUGGGCCUUACAAUGCAGAAAGUGUUCUAUGCUCGCCCGAGUUCAAAAAGCACAUUGCUGCCGUUAUUGUUUCGGCGAGUGAUCCUGUUGCUGCAUGGGGGGGCCAAGCAACUCAUGGACCAGUGGGGAAUUAG